AUGCUGCUGAGGCUUCUGCUGUUGAUCUGUGCACCACUCUGUGAACCAACCGAGUUGUUUCUGAAACCCAGUCCCUCCCAGACCAUAGAGGGAAACUCAAUGACCCUGACCUGUGAGAUCCAGCCUCGUCUACAGACAUCAAAAGCCCAGCUUCAGUUCUGCUUCUUCAAGGAUAAUGGGGCUCUGAAAUCGGGCUGGAAUAGCUCCCCAGAGCUUCGGAUUCUCGCCAUGUGGACUAAAGACUCAGGAUCUUACUGGUGUGAGGCAAAGACAGCGAAAGCCACCACUACAAUAAGGAGCAGGAGGUUAUGGAUACAAGUACAGAGGGUUCCUGUCUCUGAUGUGAGCUUGGAGACACAGCCCCCAGGGGGACACGUGACAGAGGGAAAGAAGCUGGUCCUUGUCUGCUCCGUCGCUAAAGGCACAGGAAACAUCACCUUCCUCUGGUACAAAGGGGCCAUGGGCUUAAAACUGGGCACAAAGACCAAGCAUGCCCUAACUGCAGAGUUUGAGAUCCUUACGGCGAGGGAGAAUGAUACUGAGCAAUAUUACUGUGCAGCUAACAAUGGCUUUGGCCUCAGUCUCAGUGGGCUGGUGAGCAUCACUGUCAGAAUUCCAGUGUCUCGCCCAGUCCUUACCCUCAGGACCACUGGGGCUCAGGCUGUGGUGGGGGACAUGGUGGAACUUCACUGUGAGGCCCAAAGAGGCUCUCCUCCAGUCCUGUACCAGUUUUAUCUCAAGGAUGUCACCUUGGGGAGCAGCUGGGCCUCUUCUACAGGAGGAGCAUCCUUCAACCUCUCGCUGACUGCAGAACGUUCUGGAAAUUACUCCUGCGAGGCCAGCAAUGGCCUGGAGGCCCAGCACAGUGAGGCUGUGCCACUCAUCAUCACAGUGCCUACAGAGAACAGAAGGGACCUUCUUACUUCAGGAGUCAUUGAGGGGCUGCUUGGCAUCCUUGGUCCCACCACUUUUGUUCUACUAUUUUGCUACUGUCUCAAGAGAAAAAUAGGAAGACGAUCAGCCAGGGAGUCACUCAGGAGCACUUCCAGCCCACUUCCCCAAGACUCCACCUAUCUCAACUCACCCACUCCAGUGCCACUGCAGCCUGUGUAUGGAAAUGUCAAUACUUUAAGUGGGGAUGAUAUUUAUUCACUGGUAUACUCUACCCAGCUGGAACAGGAAUCACCAGCAGGUGAGACACAGGAGACCCUUAGUAAGGAUAAGGUCUCCUUACCCAUCUAUUCUAAAUUGAAGAAGAUUACUGUUAUAGAUAUGGACUAUGAUGAUGCAGUGUAA